GUGCAGCUUCUGGGGGAGUUAUUUAUUACAGCAAGUUCUCAAUCUCAUCAUACACAUCCUUCCUGCUGCUUUUCCUUCUGUCAGUUUUUGAUUAAAAUGGUUUUUUUCUGUGCUAGAAAAGUCAAAAUAAGCUGCAAGUCAAGCCUGUUUACUCCAGAGCAAGAAAACUGAGCUGGAGUCAGAGAAACAACGGAUUUAUGAAACUAAGUUGGAAAGAAGGCAUCUGCCGGUGUUGAAGCAGUUGUAUCCGCAGCAGGUCCAUGUCCCGCUGGAAGAGGUUCAGGGUCUGCUGAAGGUCAUGAGGACAGAGGCAGAUGACCGGAUGAUGAGUGCAGAACUGGAAAACGCCAUGCAGUUUAUCUCUGUGGACAUGCAACGAUAUUUAACUAACCAGAUCCAGCAGCUCAGAGGAGAGAACCAACAACUGAAGGCUGCAUUGAGACAGGCAGAGCUGAGACUCAGCACAAUGGCAGGAGAGAAGGCCUGUCAGCAGGCUGCGCUCUCAGAAAAGACCUGCAGUGUUGAUCAGCUUACUUUGGAGAAACAGCAGAGGACCGCUGAGCUGGAAGUGCGGCGUAUGCAGCUUAACCAGCUGAGAGAGGGACAGGAAGCUUUGAAAGAGCUAUUUGGCAGAAAGACCCGUGAGCUGGAACAACAGAGCCUUAACCUGAGGACUCAGGCCAACAGUUGGUUGAGAACCCUGGAGGGAGUUGAUGGUCAUGGUCUCAGGGUUGCUCUUGGGAUGCAGACGCAGAUCACUGCUAAAAGAGAGCAGAUUGAUUUUCUGCGAAGCCGAGUUCAGAUGCUGGAAGAGACCAUUGAGAAGCUCAAGAUGGAGAAGCAUUGUCAGGCAUUGCUGGUUAAGAGACAGACACAAGAGCUAGUGUCAGAGAGGGAGAGCAGGAGAAGACUGGAGUCAGAAGUGGAGACGCUGUGCUCACAAGAGCGAGACCUCAAAGGCAAAGCAGAGAAACAGGAUGCAGCUUUAUUCAAGAUGUCUGACAGUUUGGCUGAAUGUCAAGACUUUAUUUAGAAGCAGGAACAGGAGCUUAUGAGGCUGAAACUGCAUCAUACUUUAGAUUUAAAGCGUAUGUUUUUGGUCAGGAAUUGCAAAGCCAGAACUGGCGUAACGUCUCCAGAUCUCCAGUCAGCAGUCGUACCCAUCUUCCCCUCGCUCAGCAGAACGUUAAUGGCCUAAUGGAAGUGAGAGUGUGUGACCCCAUUGUGGAGCUGAACAGAGCUGUAAGAGAGCUGCGUGGCGGGAUUGUUGAAGAGCAAGGACCACACACUAGUACGAGCUUCAGGAGGAAACCCGAAGAAGACCACACAUCUAGACCACUAACAGAAACUAAAGAUGCUGGAUGUACCACAGGGCCAUUUGGGAGAAUAACCAGUAACAGGAUGCAGGUCUCCUGUGCACCUUCUCCUCACUUCUGAUCUUCCCGCUGAGAGAAACUAUUGGCCCCCUUCCAACGCUAAUCAGAUAUCUGCCAACAAUCAAGAUGAGCUCAAAGGACCGGGAUCACG